AUGGGAAACUCCCAAACCAAAGAGUCGCGUUCAGCGGAUCCACGUCGCCGAAGUCAUCAAUUGUCUCCCGGUGCUUCCGAUGCCUCCAGUCGACCGUACCAGGGCUCUCGAUCGGCAAGAGGCAGUCGCCCCGAUCUUUCGAUCUUGGGAAUCGGCAGCAGUCAUGAUCGCGAUGUGGCCACACUGGAACAUAGGCGGGAGACAAAGCAGGAACGCGAGGCUCGUCGAUUGGAGAAGGAGCGAGUUGCCCGCCUCAAGGAGAGAGAGCGCAGUAUGAGGGAUGAGCAUGUUGAUGGAGGUUACCUGGUCACACAGGGCGUCUACGUGGGGACAGAAGACUACAGUAAGGCUGUAGUGCGGCAAUUGAUGAUUGAACGCCGACUGGCUCCUUUCUGGCGAGGUCUAGAUGAUUUCUCGGAGUCAUGGGCCGAACAUCAGCUUAUGGCCGCCGCGCGAGGGAUGCCUAUUCCUCAACCCGACGAAAUCCCGCCCGAGUUGGAGUACAAAUUGCCCAAGACCGGGGACAAAGCGCCUGUCGAUACAGCAAACAUUCAGCAUCUGACGGUGCCGAUCGGGUCCAGAUCGCAAUCCUUUAAUUCAGACGCUUCUCAAAACUCCAACCCGCCUCAGUCGCUGCCUUCCACAUCGCCAAUCGCAUCUGGGACAUCCACCUCCCCUUUUUUCCGAACCAGAGCGAAGACAUUAGCGGCUCUGACCACUUCAUCCAAGCAUAAUUCACAAACAGAUCUAUCUUCGCGGGAAAUACAGCUUCCAAAAGACCCAUUUGUUAAUGGCCAACCCAUUGAAGUUAACUUGUACAAAGACGCAAGUGAAUGUCCCAUCUGUUUCCUCUACUACCCCCGUACCUCAACCGCACACGAUGCUCGUCCGGACCCGCACCCUCCGGAGCAUGGAGAACCCGACGCGAAUGCUCCGGUCGAAGGCGAGCAGACAGAAGCCACCGAAUCGCAAUUGGUCUCCGAGCCCUCUGCUUGUCCCUUCUGUGUCCAGCCCGAGUUCGGAGUUACGUACGCACCGCCCACGUUCCGCCGGGGCCUGACUUACGCAGUUGACCUCGGUGCCCGACUUUCACCCAAUUUCACCUCUCCUGUAUCAUCCACGUCAUCCUUGGCGUCUGCCUCUGCCGUGCCUGGUCGCCGGCGUGCCACGUCAUUAUCUGCCACUGAUCCAACGGUCGUCACGACCGACAAGAUUCGGCCCGAUUGGGCCACCAAGUUGUCGAAUGCCCGAGCUCACGCGGCACGUCGAUCGGCGGCGGCAACGGCCUUGCACACUGCGGCCUACCUAAUCAACCCUGCAUCUGGUAGUGACUCACGAGGUUUUGGUAUUGGGCGGCGUGGAAUGCGCAGAGCCACUGGUGGGGAAAGCGGCCGGACCGCGUCACCCGCUCUGAAUGCCUUGGCUUUCUUGACCGAGCGCACCGGUGUUGAUCGAACACCUCCCCGGGGAACAGGACAGGACAACGAUUCUGCGUCUGCCGAAGAGAGCUCGGGUAACUUGACAGCUCCGCGCUCGAGCUCGAGGCGCAAUCGAAUUGAUGAUCUCGAGGAAAUGAUGAUGAUGGAAGCUAUCCGGCUGAGCUUGGCUAGUGAGGAUGAGCGCCUCAAACGGGAGGAGAAGGAAGCGCGGAAAGAGGCUAAGAAGAGGGAGAAGGAGAAAGAGAAGGAGGCCAAGAAGGCGGAUAAAGUGGCUCGCAAGACUGGCUUGUAUAGCAAUAACGCUAGUACCUCCGCCUUGGAUGUCCCUGGCGAGCCCAGUUUAGGUAAAGUGGUAAGUAGCUCAUCCUCCGUCAUUGGCGAGGAUCCAGUUGGAGAAGAACUCGCUGCUGGCAGCAAAGGCAAGGGAGUCGACCGUGCGCCUUCGACUCCUGAGCACUCGGGCUCCAAUAACCUUGACCCUGCAUCUGCCGCGACUCCGGCUGAUCAAUCCGAGCUACUACGACCAUCUCACCUACGACACGUCUCUAGUGCGUCUUCGUCUUUCUCAUCCCUCAUGGAAACCACUCCCGAGGAGCGUACAGGUCACUCGGUAGAAGGUAGCACCAACUCUGAACCAAUGUUCAAUUUCCGCAGUCUGGCUGCCGUGAUUGGAGACGAAGAGAAGGGGGAUGAUUCUGUGGAGCACGUCGAGGAUACUUCGAACAAACCUCAGCCUGAGGGAUCCUCGAGCGCUGCGCCAUCAGUUCAUCAGCCUUCUAUAGACGCCCCUGAAACAACGCCUGUCAUUGAAUCUCAUACCGAGGCACACGAUGCUGCAGGUAGUCUACCAAAGGAACUCGAAACUCGCUCUGUGGAAAUCCCCAGUUCUCCCACACAUCCGGGCGCUGCUUGA